AUGGCGGGGCCCCUGUAUGCCCCGCGCUCUGCGCAGCGCCCUCGGCCCGAGCGUCCCCGCCCCAGGCGCUCGUACGGCCCUGGCUCGGGUCCCGCCCCGCGCACACCGACUCGGCUGGGUAUGUGUCGCGGUAGGACACCUUCUGGGACCAGAGGACAAGCCUUCCAUCCCGUGGACCUGUUUUCCAUGGGGGGAAGGGGAGGGUUUUCUGGAGGUGUGGGCACUAAGUCUCCUCAGCAGGUGGACACCACAGUAGUCAGGGACCCUGAGAAGUCCCCAGGCGGGAGCGGUGCUGGAGACCACUGUGUGACCCGGCAAGGGGCCACCACCACCAAGCUCAGCUCCGGGAGGAGCGGCAUCGGUGAGGUCUGCACGAAGCACCAGGAAUGUCAAAGUGAAUGCUGUGUAACCAACAGCCUGAACUCUCAGAAGUUCUGCACCUCCCAGACCAUCUUCCUUCUCUGUCUGCCCUGGAAAAAGCCCCUUGGCUACAGCUGCCAUCAGAACAAUGAAUGCCAGAGCUCUUGCUGUGCGCUGAGCCAGAAAGAGAUACAGGUGUGCACAGCCCAGACGGUCUUCCUGCAGUGUGUGCCUUGGCGUAAGCCCAACAUGGAUUUCUGUAGCCACCACACUGACUGCAGAAGCCGGUGCUGCAUCAAGCUGACUGAGCAUGGCCACUCCCGGUGUGUCCCGCAGAUCGGCCUCAUCACCCACUGCCUGCCCUUAGUGGGUUUUGAGGUUAGGCAGGCCCUGCCUUGUCCCAUCCUCCCGGGUGAUGUCAGCCUCCCGGGCCCUUGUGACACCCUGCUGCCUAGCCGGCAGGGCAGGGACCAAGCUGGCUAG